UAUCUUGGAUAAUACUCAGCUCCUCUGUACUGACCUCCUCCAGGGAUAUCCUCACCAUGCUGCACAGUCCAGUCUUUCCAGGAUUCCCAGCCCAUCACCUGGCUCAGACCAGCCUCAGCAUGCCUAUGAGCCCUGAAGUGCAGAGGGGCCCCAAGCUCUCCUUCAACAUUGACUCCAUCCUCUCCAAGGCGGACAGACCAGCUCCCACCAAGAUUCCAAUGGACAGGAGCUGCUGGCAGGCUCCCUCUGCUCCCUAUGGCUAUUCCUAUGGAGUCAUGCCCUAUCCCCCAAUGUGGAUCUACAAGCCUGCAACUGCCUAUGGCAACCUAGUGCAGCCUCAAGUCAGAGCGCCCAGAGCCGAUUGCUUAUGUGCAGACCCCCUCUGCAAGGAGAAAGGACUUGCAUACACACACAGCCCCAUCAACAAUCUUUCCUGGAGGACAGGGCCAUGUAAGCUGAAGAGGAUCAGGACUGUGUUCACCCCUGAGCAGCUGGAUAGGCUGGAGAAAGAGUUUCUGAAGCAGCAGUACAUGGUCGGCACAGAGAGGGUUGACCUAGCGACUACACUCAACCUCACAGAGACCCAGGUAAAAGUCUGGUUCCAGAAUCGUCGUAUCAAGUGGAGGAAACAGAGCUUGGAACAGAAGAAAGCCAAGCUGUCCCAGUUUGGUGUUCUCUCCCCUGUCAGCUCCGAACACACCAACGAAAAGGAGAUGGAGGAGGAUGAAGUUGAUGUUGAGCUCUAA